UGAUGGUGUUGUUCUUUGUGAUGUGGAUGAAGAGGAGGGAUAAGGAACGUCAGGCCAAGCAGCUACUCAUCGACCCGGAGGACGAUGUCAGAGACAACAUACUGAAGUACGACGAAGAAGGAGGAGGAGAGGAGGACCAGGUAGAGAAAACACACACUAACAUUAGCAUAAUGAUAGCAUAGCCAAUCAGCUGCUGAUUCAGAUGGAGGGUUAGCCGUCCGCUAACGGCUAGUGGGAGACAGAAGGUCAGUGUGUGGGUAAAGGGGGAGGGGGGAGGCAAGGAGGAUUUACAGUGGAUGGGAAAGAGGGACUGUACACGCAGACACACACACACACACUGAAUUCCACGAAAAUUGAAUUAUGCUGAGACUCCGAUUUUUCACUUUAAAAUGUAUGCCAAAUGUACAAUUUACACAGAAAAAAUAUAUACUAAAACACAUUUACUUGAAGAACAGUACAGAUGCAACGUUUGGUAACAGAAUGAAGGCACCAACAGCAAAAAUCGUCAUUCUGUAACCAAACUUUGCAUCUGCACUGUUUUUCAAGCAAACGUGUUUUUGUAAAAUGUUCUAUGUACAUUUUUAUAAGUAGUACUUGUUCAUAGAGUUGUAUGGUUUAUUAAACUUGGAAAUCAAAGGUUGAGUCUCAGUGUAAUUCCGUUACAGUGGAAUUCCCCAUGGGGGUUUGUAGGACCUAGCCGACCAGUCAUUGGAUAUUAAUAAUGGCACUCUGAUAGGGGGUGAUAAACAUUUAUUGCCAUGGCAAUGGUCAAGGCAAGAGACCAUCUUUCACUGCGAUGGAUGGUACUCCCCGCCUAUUGUUCUGGAAAAUUGUCACGUCGAGGAAUUGGCAGUACCGGGAAAAUGAACUGUUGGAGAGUGGAGCGGCUAGUUCAGCCUGAUCAGUCCCCCUGCUGUGGGAUGGAUUAGUAAUGUCUGUCUGGGACUCCCAGUGGUGAGGGGCUAUGGGGAGUGGUCAGGCCAGAGACAGCUACAGGAGCAGUCACACAGUCUGGCUCUCUGGUGCUAAACGGAUACUAUGCUACACUGAUGCCAAUAGCAGAGCCGCAGAGUGUGCAUCCCAUAGGGCCCUGGUCAAAAGUACACUAUAAAGGGAAUAGGGAGACAUUUGGGAUGGCCCUCUGGUCCUUAACAGUUACUAGACUGAGGCUAACAGCAGUUUGUGUUCAUGGUCAUAGCCAAUGCUAACAACAGCACAGGCCUGACCUAUAACAAAUCCAGACAAUCCAAAAAGUAAGUCUCUCUAUACAUUAAUCACACAUUGUGGCUCUCUUCCCUGGUACUAAUGGCCAUAUCCUCUUCAGUCAGCCACUGCUAACAAAAGCACAAACCUCUUUCAGAAGACCCAAACACAAAGACUUCCAGAUAUACAGUUAUAAUACAGCCUCUCAAAUGACAAACACACACACACAUUGCACAUGUUACAGUAAGCGUUUUAAAGGGAUAAUACAAUUUCAUCAGCUUUUUGUGUACUUAGCCUAUCGUCUUGGUGUCAAAGACUGAGCAUGGUGAGCGAUGACAGAGCCCAGCUAUUUUCCUCCAGUAACGAUGGCUGAGUCCCUUGCUAGCAGGCUCCCUGGCUGGCUGUAGAGAUGUCUGUGGCUGCAUCCCAGAUGGCACCCUAUCCCAUAUACAUUGGGGAAAAAAAGUAUUUAGUCAGCCACCAAUUGUGCAAGUUCUCCCACUUAAAAAGAUGAGAGAGGCCUGUAAUUUUCAUCAUAGGUACACGUCAACUAUGACAGACAAAAUGAGAAGAAAAAAUCCAGAAAAUCACAUUGUAGGAUUUUUUAUGAAUUUAUUUGCAAAUUAUGGUGGAAAAUAAGUAUUUGGUCAAUAACAAAAGUUUCUCAAUACUUUGUUAUAUACCCUUUGUUGGCAAUGACACAGGUCAAACGUUUUCUGUAAGUCUUCACAAGGUUUUCACACACUGUUGCUGGUAUUUUGGCCCAUUCCUCCAUGCAGAUCUCCUCUAGAGCAGUGAUGUUUUGGGGCUGUCGCUGGGCAACACAGACUUUCAGCUCCCUCCAAAGAUUUUCUAUGGGGUUGAGAUCUGGAGACUGGCUAGGCCACUCCAGGACCUUGAUAUGCUUCUUACGAAGCCACUCCUUUGUUGCCCGGGCGGUGUGUUUGGGAUCAUUGUCAUGCUGAAAGACCCAGCCACGUUUCAUCUUCAAUGCCCUUGCUGAUGGAAGGAGGUUUUCACUCAAAAUCUCACGAUACAUGGCCCCAUUCAUUCUUUCCUUUACACGGAUUAGUCGUCCUGGUCCCUUUGCAGAAAAACAGCCCCAAAGCAUGAUGUUUCCACCCCCAUGCUUCACAGUAGGUAUGGUGUUCUUUGGAUGCAACUCAGCAUUCUUUGUCCUCCAAACACGACGAGUUGAGUUUUUACCAAAAAGUUAUAUUUUGGUUUCAUCUGACCAUAUGACAUUCUCCCAAUCCUCUUCUGGAUCAUCCAAAUGCACUCUAGCAAACUUCAGACGGGCCUGGACAUGUACUGUCUUAAGCAGGGGGACACGUCUGGCACUGCAGGAUUUGAGUCCCUGGCGGCGUAGUGUGUUACUGAUGGUAGGCUUUGUUACUUUGGUCCCAGCUCUCUGCAGGUCAUUCACUAGGUCCCCCCGUGUGGUUCUGGGAUUUUUGCUCACCGUUCUUGUGAUCAUUUUGACCCCACGGGGUGAGAUCUUGCGUGGAGCCCCAGAUCGAGGGAGAUUAUCAGUGGUCUUGUAUGUCUUCCAUUUCCUAAUAAUUGCUCCAACAGUUGAUUUCUUCAAACCAAGCUGCUUACCUAUUGCAGAUUCAGUCUUCCCAGCCUGGUGCUGGUCUACAAUUUUGUUUCUGGUGUCCUUUGACAGCUCUUUUGUCUUGGCCAUAGUGGAGUUUGGAGAGUUACUAUUUGAGGUUGUGGACAGGUGUCUUUUAUACUGAUAACAAGUUCAAACAGGUGCCAUUAAUACAGGUAACGAGUGGAGGACAGAGGAGCCUCUUAAAGAAGAAGUUACAGGUCUGUGAGAGCCAGAAAUCUUGCUUGUUUGUAGGUGACCAAAUACUUAUUUUCCACAAUAAUUUGCAAAUAAAUUAAUAAUAAAUCCUACAAUGUGAUUUUCUGGAUUUUUUCUCUCUCAAUUUGUCUGUCAUAGUUGACGUGUACCUAUGAUGAAAAUUACAGGCCUCUCUCAUCUUUUUAAGUGGGAGAACUUGCACAAUUGGUGGCUGACUAAAUACUUUUUUCCCCCACUGUAUAGUGCACUACUUUUGGGUCUGGUCAAAAGUAGUGCACUUUAAAGGGAAUAAGGUGCCAUUGGGAAAUCAGCCCGCGCGUGUUCUCCUCUGUCUAGGAAAUAACAAUAAAGCCUUCUGUAUUUAUCCAUCCAUUUCCUCUCCUUCUCUCUUUGUCCAUCAUCUUAUGGUGGCAUUCACAGCUUUCCCCUGAAAGUGUUUCAUUGGUUAGCUGUUACUGCAGCCGGGCUAUAUUGUCCCUGAAAUGCUCUUUAAGUCGAUCCCCCUUGGAGAUGGAUGUUUUCAUCAUGUGUUUAUGGAUGAUUUCUCAAUUAAUCAGACCACUGGCAAUUCAAAAGGAGAAAGAUCAGAGCACAUCUCUCUCUCUCUCCUCUCUCUCUCCUCUCUCUCUCUCUCUCUCUCUCUCCUCUCUCUCUCUCCUAUCUCUCUCUCCUCUCUCCUCUCUCUCUCUCUCUAGCUCUCUCUCCUCUCUCUCUCUCUCCCUCUCUCUCUCUCUCUCUCUUCUCUCUCUCUCUCUCUCUCUCUCUCUCUCUCUCAAUUCGAUUCAAUUCAAUUUAAGGGCUUUAUUGGCAUGGGAAAUGUAUGUUUACAUUGCCAAAGCAAGUAAAAUAGAUAAACAAAAGUGAAAUAAACAAUAAAAAAAUUAACACUCUCUCUCAUUCACUGAGUCAGUGUAAGGUCGUGUUGGUAUGAGAGAGAGGGACAAUUACAGCAGUUACCUACACUGUUAAAAAUGACUCUGGAUCAACCUAAAAAAAAUACUUAAACUGCUUACAAGUAAAUGAGUUAGGUUUUCUCAAUUGAAAAAUACUGCAUUUGUUGAAUUCAAAUGUAUGAUUCAAUGCCAACUGUUUUAUUUGAUUAUUACCAAACCUAUAUUUCAAGUUGCAACCUAUUUCAUUCAACACUCAACAUAUGUUUCCCCUUUUAUUAAACCUAAUAAACAACAAAUACAAACUAAUAUUUCAUGUAAAUACAACCCAUUUUUGGAGGGGAAUUACCUACCUACAUUUCUUCAGUUGGAUUACAAGCACUUCAUGCCGCUUUUUACAGUGUAUACACAGUGGUGCAGUGAAAGCUAAACUGAAAGUAUAGUGAGCGUUACAUUAUUCACAGCAAAUGGCAAUCAGCAUUUACCCACAUAUUUUUUCACCAAUACAUCACUUCAUAUACAACCAGUGUCAGAAGAUCAUCUUAUAACUUUAUGAGAUCUAUAAUCAUGGAUUGUUUAUAUAGAAUAAACUGCUUAUGACCGUUUCAAUCAUGGUUACUGCACCACAGUGUGACCAACAUGGGAAUAAUACCUAAGGAUCUCUCUCUACGUGGUAGUGCAGUCUGUGUUACAGUGUUUGAUUCAGUGUAUUAAUCUCUCUCUCUGUCUCUCUCUCACUCCCCCCUUUCUCCCUCUCUCCCCCCCUCAUUCCCUUCCCCCUCCAGGACUAUGACCUGAGCCAGCUGCAGCAGCCCGAUGCGUUGGAGACGGAAAUGGUGAAGGUGGGGAUCAGGCGUAUGGAUGAGAGACCCUUACACCAGGACCACCUGUAUCCCCUCCGUUCUGCUGCACCCCACCCCGGAGAUAUAGGAGACUUCAUCCACGAGGUAGCUACUGUGUGUGUGUGUGUGUGUGUGUGUGUGUGUGUGUGUGUGUGUGUGUGUGUGUGUGUGUGUGUGUGUGUGUGUGUGUUUGUGUGUGUGUGAGAGUGAGUCUGAGUCUGAUUGUGAGCAUGCUUGCUUACAUGUGUGUCAUUGUGUGAAACUAUGUGUAUGAGCUUGUGUGUGCAUGACUGUGUGUGUGUAUGUGACUCACUGUGUGUGACACAGAGAGAGAGGGGCCCCUGCCUCUGUGUGUAAUUCUUAAUUAGCUUUGCUAACAGUGAGGAUUAGCGUGGUCACUACAUGGGCUGGCCCGGCUGGCUAAUUUAAGGUAAAUCCACUGAGUUUCAUUAAUCCCCAGAGUGAGACUGGCUUUGGGCUCCACCUCUAGACAGCUCCAGUUGGCUACAACAGAAUAGUCAUAGCACAAUCUAAGUUAGGUAGAUUUAAUAUGUGUGUUGAAUCUAGUGAGUUUAUGUCUAUAUCUAGGCGAUGAGGACAGCUCUUGGACAAGGGUUAAUACAGUAUAUUUUUCAAUUGAGCAGUGGGACAGUAACCAAAAGGUUGCUUGUCGAAUCCCCGAGCCCUUGAGCAAGGCAGUUAACCCCCACAAUAACUACUCCCCAGGCACUGAUGACGUGGACUUCGAUUAAGGCAGCCCCCCCGCACCUCUCUGAUUCAGAGGGUUUGGGUUAAAUGCAGAAGACACAUUUUGGUUGAAUGCAUUCAGGUGUGCAACUGACUAGAUAUCCCCAUCCCUUUCCCUGUGUUUCCUAGGUCUUGUGUAUCAAAUCAAAUCAAAUGUUAUUUGUCCCAUGCUUCGUAAACAACAGGAGCACUGUAAGAAUUUGCUGUAAUUUUACAGCAAAACUUUCAGUUACCUACUGUAAUUCUAUAUUACAGUACUGUAAAGAGCAAUGUAUUAUGGGGGCUCAAUGGCGUUCCGCUACACUGCUGUAAAAUAAUUUCACAAUGCAAUUUUACAGUAAAGUACUGUCUUACCUAUAUAUUUACAGCAGCAUACUGUGAAUUGUGUUGCAUUGUGGGAAAAUGUUGUGGAAGGGCAAAAUAAUCUCUGGCUCAUUAACAUAUUUUGAGGCGUUCCAUGUAAAAGGUUAAACAGUAUUUGUUGCUCCCAUUAGUGAGAAUGCUGUACCCCACAGAAUACAGUACCAUACCAUUUUAUAUAUAUAUAUAUAUAUAUAUAUAUAUAUAUAUAUAUUUGUCCUGUAAAUCUAAAGUAAUUUACUAGCUACUGUGCUGCCAGUAAUUUACUGUAAUUCAGUACCAUACUGUAAUUUUGGAGUGCCAAUAACCUUUUGUUGGUAUAUGGUAUUGUUGUAGCUCAUUAACACAUUUUUAGGCGUGCCUCGUAAGACGCUAUACUUGCACCCGUUAAUGAGAGUGCUGUACAGUACCAAUUUAAGUGAUAUGUGGUAGUAGUUCCCUCAAAAUGAAUUGUAUAUAGGGAACAGAUCAGAGUAGCAGCAAGUCUCAAACCUUUAAUGAUUGAGUGUUUAGCCAUGUCCUUCUGAUCUGUUUUGCCCUGUAGUCACUGCCAGUUUAGAAGCCUUUGUUUAGGUCUCUAGAAGUGCAAGUGAUAUAAAACACAAAAUAUUCAUUGGUAUGUUGUACUAUAUAGUUACAUAUUCAUUUGACAUUUUAGUCAUUUAGUAGACACUCUUAUCCAGAGCGACUUACAGUUAGCGAGUGCAUAAUAAAAAAAAAUCAUACUGGCCCCCCGUGGGAAACGAACCCACAACCCUGGCGUUGCAAGCACCAUGCUCUACCAACUGAGCUACACGGGACACUGUUAGCAAUUGCUGUAAUUUUAUUACAAUACAGUUUAACAAUAAAAUACUGUUUUGCUGUAUAUUUACUGCAGUGUUCUGUAAAUUAUGGUGCAUUGUGGAAAAAUGUUGUGGGAGGGGAAAGAAUUGCUGACUCAUUAACAUAUUUUGAGGCGUGCCUUGUGUGGCUAUUUGUUGCACCCGUUAGCGAGAAUGGUGUACCAAUUGAACUGAUAUGUGGUAGUAGUGCCUUACUAGGGCAGAGUGACCGUGCGUCUUAAACAUUUAAUGGUUGAAUAUUAGACCAUGUCCUUUUUCCCUGCAAUCACUGCCAGUUUGGAAGUCUUUGUUUAGGCUUCUAGAAGUGCAUGGAUACAGAAAACCAAAUAAUCAUAAAUAUGCUGUAAUAUACAAAUACCUAGCAGCCAACCUGCUUGCACUAAUACAAAGAAAUUACAGUAAAAUGCCAACAUGAUUACAGUAGCAUUUACAUUCUUACAGUAUAGUAAACUAAUUUGACAGUAUUGUACCAUGUCAUUGCUCUGUAUUUUACAGUCAUUUACAGGAAGCUGGUGGCAAAUUACUAUGAAUAUAACAGUAAUAUACUUUGAAAUAGCCAGAGACGGGCAAAGAUAUCUUAUUACAAAUAUAGGAUGUUUUGAAGACCAAUGUAUCCUUAACUACAACAACAUUCCCAGUAAUGGUUCCAGAAAUCUUACUUGCUAUGACUGUGAUGUUUUUUUUUUUUUUUUUUUUUGUUAUUUAGCAGACGCUCUUAUCCAUACAUUUUUAUUUUUUAUUUUUUUCAUACUGGCCCCCCGUGGGAAUCGAACCCACAACCCUGGCAUUGCAAACGCCAUGCUCUACCAACUGACCUACAUCCCUGCCGGCCAUUCCCUCCCCUACCCUGGACGACACUGGGCCAAUUGUGCGCCGCCCCAUGGGUCUCCCGGUUGCGGCCGGCUACGACAGAUCCUGUGCCACCAGGAUCUCUAGUGGCACAGCUAGCACUGCGAUGCCUUAGACCACUGCGUCACUCUGGACAAGCGCGUCUGCUAAAUUACCAAAAUGUAAAUGUUACAAAUAAGCAUUUGCAAUGCACAUUGCUGGGUAUUAUUCUAAUAAGCUCCGCCCUCAAACUAAUAUUUUUUAAAUCCAAUUUGGCCUUGUUUGGGGGCGGAGGCCAUAAGAUUUAAUACCCAGCAGUGUGCUUUGCAAGUGUUCAUUUUUACAUUUACAUUUACAUUUUGGUCAUAUACCAGAUGCUCUUUUCCAGAACGACUUACAGUCAGUGUAUUAAACUAAGGUAAACAGGAAUAUACCACAAUCAUAGCAAGUAAAAAGACAAUGUUACCGUUACCAAGAAUGUUGUAGUGAAGCAGGCUACUUGUGAGUAUAUAUUUGUUUUAGAAAAUAUGGAAUACAUAUAUGCUAAUUAAAUUGUUACAAAAUAGGCUACAUUAAUUGUAGUUCAGAAAUGUGAAAUACAAAUGACAAAAUAAGUAUUGAAAGUAUUGAAAUAACUAUAUCAAAUACAUGUAACAGAAAUACUGCCUGUUGUUGGCACUAGCUACCUGCACUGUAAAUCUGCCACAGUUUAUUAACCACAGUGCUUCCAGUAAUGCACUGUAAAUUCUAGAAAUACAGCAAGUUACUGUAGUCAGGUGUUCCAGUAAUAUGCUGUACAUUUGUGUUACAGUAAAGGUCCUGUAAAUCUACAUAAACCUGCCUUCCAAGCUGUGAUGCAGCCAGUCAAGAUGCUCUCAAUGGUGCAGCUGUACAACUUUUUGAGGAUCUUAGGGCCCAUGCCAAAUCUUUUAAGCCUCCUGAGGGGAAAAAGGCGUUGUCGUACAUUCUUCACGACUGUGUUGGUGUAUGGACCAUGUUAAUUUCUUAGGAACUUGAAUAUCUCAACCCGCUCCACUACAACCCCGUCGAUGUGGAUGCCUGUAAUCCAUGGCUUCCAGUUGGGGUUUGUACGCACUUAUUAAUGAAGCCGGUGACUGAUGUGGUAAACUUCUCAAUUUUAUCGGAUGAAUCCCGGAACAAAGUUGAGUCUAUGCUAGCAAAACAGUCCUGCAGCUUAGCAUUUGCUUCAUCUGACUUAUUCCGUAUUGAGCGUGUAACUGGUACUUCCUGUUUAAGUGUUUGGUUGUAAGCAGGAAUCAGGAAGAUAGAGUUAUGGUCAGAAUUGCCAAAGGGAGGGUAAGGGAGAGCCUUGUAUGUGUUUCUGUGUGUGGAGUACAGGUGAUCAAGAGCUUUGUCGCCUCCAGUUGCACAGGUGACAUACUGGUAAAAAUUAAGUUAAAAUGAUGUGUGUGUGUGUGUCACUGGGUUAGGCAGGAAGGAUAGAGAUGUCUGCCAAACACAGCUCUGAAUAAUGAGGCGAGCUGUCAGACAUGGCAAGCUGAUCUAGACAGCUUAAUCUAGCAGACAUGACAAGCCGAUGCUUCUACCACUGCCUCACUCCUCCUUAAAUCAAUCAAAUGAAGGAAAUAGUUUUGGGUAUGACAUGUAGAAAUCCUUACACAGGAAAUUUGCAGGUAUUAAAAUGUUGGUGUUGAGGUAAAAAGUGUUGUGAGUGCUAUAUCUGAGUUUUGAUUCUAGUGGGGUUAAUACCAGUGGGACUGAAAUUGACACAACCUGCAGUGAAUAAAUGAAGUGUUAUUUGAAUCACAGUGGAAUCAACACCGUGUGGUGUUGUUGUUACUCGACUGUGUUGAGUUAAUUUCAGUUAACUGAAAAAGACAUGGGAGGAGCCUCAUUAUCAUAUUUUCCAGCAUGCUUUGUUGCAGGUUGCUUUUUAAAAUAGUUUGUUUUAAUAUCUAUGUUUCUGCAUGCACAUUGAUUGAUUCUUUUAUCUUACACUACACAAAGAUAAAUAACAUACAUUUUUCUAAACUAAUCCAAUCUGUGUAAGUGAUUGGAUUUAUUUAAUCCGUUAUUGAGAUGGUUGGUCCAGUUUAGAUGCUUUAGGUAGUCUCGUCUAACAACCUUCCCUACCUUUGCUGCAACUGUGCAUGUUUAAACGUUCCUAUUGUUGGUUAUUCUGGCUGAAUUCCAAUAGGAAUUAUAUUACACUUUGCAAACCAGUAGUGGUGGGAAACUGAGGUGUUCUGAAGGCUUUGGCGCUUUUACCAAAUUGUGCUGAAAAUGGUUCAUUACUCAGAGCUUCAUUAUCUGUUCACAAUGCACAUUCGUGACAUCUGCUGGUCAGCAAUAAAUAGCAGUGUUUGAUUCUUAGACAGACAUUUUUUUGUUCUCUCCACUGUUUUCAUCACAUCUCCGUUGUGCAGCAGUAAGUAGUUGGCUUUAGUAGCCUAUAAUCAGUUGUUUACUAAUUUUUUUAAAUGGUAAAAAAAAAAAUGGAAUCUAUGGCAUUACUUAGGCUGCUUAGAGAAAGAAGCUUAAACUAAUCUAAAUAUAACAAAUUAUUUGAAGAACAGUGCAGAAAGUGUGGUUUCACAUAAAACAAUUUUCUAAAUAGUGUGUCUUCAACAGGAUCCAACCUCAUAUCCUCACGUCCCUGAAUGUUCCAUUGUUCCCUACUGUACCUGCUAAGUUAACGGUCAAGUGAAACUUUUUGUAUAAAAAGUAUGGUGUCCAGUAGAGGUCGGUGUUUGAAAGCACCGGAACCAUGGCGAAAUUAGUGAGAUCUCACAUUUUGCAACACACAGUUAAAAAAAGUAUGUGAUCAAAUGAAGCUUCGGUUGUCAUUGAUGACAUAAUUCUGAUAAAGUGAUAUACGCAUCGGCACACUGCUUCGAAGUUAUCUGCUUAGUGAUUUUGACUUAUGCCUCGGAACUCCGGUAUCAAACGUAACAUCACUACAAACCAGCAUAAUGUGACUUGCCGAUGUGUCCUGCAAACCAGGAGUUUCAGACCACUGUGUUAGGGUAAAAAUAUGCUGUCAAAGUACGGUAAUGUAAAAAAAAGUAAUGUAUUGUCAUAAUUUUAUGAUACAAUAUUAACUUAGGCACUCACUUGGUGAAGGAUAUAACACUGAAAGCAAGCGAAUGCAACAAUCAUGUCUCUGUCACUAGCAAACACAUUCAUGGCUGUUACUGGUACCUCUAAAAUUCACUCAAAAGGCACCCUGGAAAAAAGAAAAUGCUAAUAAGGCUUUACACCUUACAGUUUUAUAACAACACCCCAAAAUGAGUUACUGUAACACCACAGGUGUUAAUUCCUUAACACUGAGAACGUGUAACAGCAUCAGUUCCAUUAAAGAGUUAAUUGAAGUCAGAAUUUGCAACACCCGUUGUGUUAAGGACCCACAACUCUUGGGGUGUUAGUUUAUCAACACUUUGAAAAGUUAAGGUUAACACUAUUUGAGAUGGUCCCAUAUAAUUUCUAAGAAAGUGUUACAUUUAACACUGUGGUUGUUAAAAUUCUGAUCACAAAUUUGCUGUGACAAAGACUGACAUGUUCAAAAAACAUGUCUAGAGCCUCAUCUUAUCAGAUUUGUUGUAUUAAUUUUAGCACUGAGACAAGACAUCAGUCAAUGACAACACUUUAAGACAAAGUUAUUAUUAUAUUAUAACAAAGUCUGUCAGCUGUGGUGUGUAGCAGGGUUUGUGUGUGUGUGUGUGUGUGUGUGUGUGUGUGUGUGCACAUGUGCGUGUGCGUGUGAAGUAUGGGUUGGUUAUAAAUAUAGUGCUCAGUAAUCUGCUGAACCUCCUCAGAGAGACAGACCCAGCAUCUGUCUAGCCUGACCUAAAUCCUCCUCUCUUCUCUCCUCUGCCCUCCAUAAUCCCUCCUUUUUCUCCUCUACCCUUACUCUCCUGCUCCCUCUAUCGCUCUCAUUCUAUAUCUCUCAUUCCUGCUCUGUUUCUCUCUCUCCUGAGAAUUUUUUCCCCUUUUUCUCUCUUUCCCCUAUUUGUCUCUUCUUUCUCUCUAUCUCUCAUUUACUCCCUCCUUUUACCUAUCUCUCCCCCCUCUCUCUCAUUAUUUAUCUCUCUCUUCCUCUACCCUUAUCUCUCUUCUCCCUCCGCAGGGUUUGAAGGCAGCUGAUAACGACCCGACAGCGCCCCCCUACGACAGUCUUCUGGUGUUUGACUACGAGGGCAGUGGCUCCACCGCUGGCUCCAUCAGCUCCCUUCACUCCUCCUCUUCCGGCGGCGACCAGGACUACGACUACCUCAGUGACUGGGGCCCGCGCUUCCGCAAGCUGGCAGACCUCUAUGGUGGAGGGGACAAC